GACGCGGUCGUGGACGUGGAGGAAGCAGAGGAAAUUCGAGAGGAUGGAGUCGCGGCUCAUUCCGCUCAAGGGGACGUGGUCAAGGCGGACCUCAGAAUGGGCCUAUUCCAGUUCGACGCGACGAUGGCACACAGCUCGAGGAGAGAUUCGAAAGUGUUCGAGUUUACGAUGAGGUAG